GGACAACGUGCUCCCCAGCGUCGACGACUGGAACUCGUGCGGCUUCUCCUGCGGCAAGACAGCGCUCGGCAUCCUGUGCCACGACGUCUUGACUUCCGUGGUCCAGCGCGCCCUGCCUACUUGGUCCAGCAUGGACGUGGCAGCAGAUGGGCAGGGUGUCAGGGGGAACGGGUCAGAGGAGAUGAGGAAGCGCAACCAGAGGAAGGCUUGGAGAACGAAGAAAGUUCUGACUGACGAGAAUCGCAG